AUGGAAAGAGAUCAUCGAAGCAGCCUGCUACCUCGAAACCGAACGCCAAGAGAGCCUCGAUUCGCCGCUGAAAACGCUAACGAAGGAGAAGCCGACUGGAAGUCUCCCAUUGACUUGUUCACAGGAAGAAAAAUCAGCUCACAUCUUCGUGCGUACGGCUGCCGAGCCUACGCAAUGACAGCAAAUGCACAGCUUGGAUUGAGGAAGAGGUGGAAGCUCGACCCGAGAGCUCACAUCGGAUACCUCAUCGGUUAUAAGUCUACAAAUAUCUUCCUAAUUUGGGUCCCUCUCUUGAAGAAGGUCAUUGCAACGAGAGAUGUUGUCUUUGACGAGUAUACGUUCUUCGAAGGAGGAGGCGAGCGGAUGCCGCUGCCUGCGAGCAUCGGAGAGAUGAUCCAACAGAUUGAAAUCCCGGAAGGCCAGACGGCGAAUCAGGCCAUCCUUGACGAAGAGACCGAUGAAGACACUGAUAUCGAGGACUUCGAGGAUGAUGACAUCAGAAUGGCUGAAGAUAACGAAGACGAGGAGCAGGGACAACAACAAAGCGAAGAGCAGGAAAAGAAGACUACGGGAGAGCGCGGGAGCUGGAAGAUGCAUACCUAA